UAAGUCAGUUGAUAAAUUCACUUCGGCAUUACAAAAUACCCGCAGAGUGCCAACAUCGCGUUUGCCGAUACUUAAAGUAAUUAAAAGCGUUAUAAUUGUGCCGUUCUUUAUGGUGUAUUUGUUUUCGCGCAACAUGCGUGUUCUUAUUGCUGUUUAACACGUUUCCCUGAAGUGUAGACUUGUGAAAUCUUUACUUUAAGUCUCUGCUCCCAAAUAUUCUCCAAGACAGACGUAUUUGUGUGCCUGUGUGUGUAUCUGCCGAGAAGAAAUACAUAUAUCGUACGACUGGUGGCGGGGUAACCAGCGAUAGAAACUUUCGUUUGAUAUCUUCAGAUACAAAGAUACAAUUGUAUCUCGAAAUGCAACUACUCACACACACGCACGCACGCACACCGGCACUGACACGUGUUGAUGUGCUGCACUUGUGUGCGUUUUACCCAUCUGUUGAUUGCGACCUUGCUAUACUGAAUCUCAAUCACCGGAAAUUAUCCACAGAAUCUCCAUAGAACCUCCCUCAAAAUGUAUCCCUUCGGUUCUGGAAUGCCAUCGCACCCCCCUACCUCCACUAACCACCACGAGCCGCCACGGGCGCCCUUUGGAGCUGGUUGGGUGCCACCGAUGCAGCAAAACUCGCCAUACCCACCACCCUCCCAGCCACACCCACACUCACAGCCAUCGUCCCAAAUGCAUCCUCAGCAGCAUCAGCAAUAUCCAGGCGGAGCUCCAGCUCCUUAUCCACCAAUGUCGGCACCGUACCCGUCCGCCGCCCCAUCCUAUCCACCAUAUCCCACCUCGAAUCCUUACCCGGCACAAUACGCUCCUCCAGCGCACAAUCAUUAUCAGCAGCCAUCGGUGUCGAACAGUCCCUAUCCCGCGGAUCGUGGAUACACACCGGCCAUGACAGCCGGAUAUGAUGCGGGCUAUGGCUACGGAAACGGACAAGGACAUGGACAAGGACAUGGACAUGGGCAAGGACAUGGGCACGGACAUGGGCAAGGACAUGAAUAUGGGCAUGGAUAUGGGCAGGGCUAUGGGCAUGGACAGGGGCAUGGGAAUGGUCAGGGGCACGCGCAUCGGUCACUCCCAGCUCACAGAGAGGGAACUCCCACGGUGGUGCCUGCCGCAAACUUCGAUGCCGUCAAGGAUGCUCACGACUUGCGCAAGGCCAUGAAGGGCUUUGGAACAGAUGAGGACGCUCUGAUUAACAUCAUCUGUCGGCGAUCCAACGAGCAGCGCCAGGAGAUCCAGCGCCAGUUCAAGACGCACUUCGGCAAGGACCUCAUCGAGGACAUCAAGUCGGAGACGAGCGGCAACUUUGAGAAACUCCUCGUCGGCCUGCUGCGUCCCAUCGUGGACUACUACUGCGCCGAGCUAAACGAUGCCAUGGCUGGCCUGGGCACCGACGAGGAGGUCCUCAUCGAGAUCCUCUGCACGCUGUCCAACAUGGAGAUCAAUACGAUCAAAAACCAGUACUUACGAUUGUACGGCGCCCAUUUGGAGUCUGAACUAAAGUCGGAGACGUCGGGCAACUUUAAGCGGCUGCUUACCUCCUUGUGCACGGCGGCGCGGGAUGAGAGUGGUCGCGUGGAUCCCGUGGCGGCCAAGAACGAUGCUAGGGAGCUACUGAAAGCCGGCGAACUGCGCGUCGGCACCGAUGAGAGCAUGUUCAACAUGAUCCUCUGCCAGAGGAACUAUCAGCAAUUGAAACUGAUAUUCCAAGAGUACGAGGGCAUGACUGGCCACUCGCUGGAGAAGGCGAUCAAGAAGGAGUUCUCCGGCGAUGUGAUGGAGGGCCUGAUUGCCAUCUACAGGUGCGUCACCAACAAGGCCGAAUACUUCGCUUCGCGCCUGCACAAGGCGAUGGCCGGAAUUGGCACCAAUGACACCCAGUUGAUCCGUGUGAUCAUCACGCGCAGCGAGAUUGAUAUGACGGACAUUAAGGUAGCGUUCGAACGUCUGUACGGCAAGUCCCUCAAGAGCUGGAUCAAGGGCGAUACUUCGGGCCACUACAAGCACGCCCUUUAUGCCCUGGUGGGUGAACAGCGCUCCUCUUAAGAAUCUCCGCAUAUACAUAUAUAUGUAUUAUUCAAACCAAAUCCGACGUGAAAUCAAUUAUUCGAAUAUGUAUUAUCUCUUCUAUGUAUUCGUUCAUUUAAAUGCAUACAACAUACAAGAACACGCCAACGAAGCCAGACAAUUAUGAUCCACAACGUAGACUAUAAGUGCACACAAAUAAUACCUGAACGGGAUCAGACAUUUGAUACCUCUUUCAAAGAAAUGAACAUGGGAACCGACAGUUGACAAGUGUUGAAGUUGUAUUUUAUUAAAAGACCUUUGUAUUUAAAUGCGUUCGUAAAGACAAAUAAUAUGGAAGUUCCUCUCAAAAAUCGCUUGUUAAUUUGCUCGAAAUGAAAAACCAAAAAAUGAAAGAGUUGCUUAUAUCUUGACAAAGUGACCAGGGAAAUGUUGCAAUAAAAGCUAUGCUUUCUAACUACCGACUUCGUCUCGACAGUGCCUCAAUGUGACUAUUGCCUAAUUUGAAAAAAAGCAUUUAAAACUGCAAUGACAUUUAAAACUACAAUAUACGCAUAUUGAAACGAUGAAUCGAUUCGUAUGCACUUAUACACUAUAUAUGUACACAUACUCGUGUUUGUAAGCGGGUUUUUAACUUCCAGUUCGCUCUCAAUGGAAUAAAUUAUGUUUUAUGUAUGUGACAAUCCGCAAUUGGAUUUUUUUUUUCUUAUCGCUCCUGGUGGGUGGGAUAGCGAUGCUGCAUGGGUUUUAUUUUAGAACUCGAACCUCGAUGAACAUGGAAUCGUUGCGAAGAUAGUUGCGACUGGUGAUUACCUUGUGUGGUAUAUGGAAGUACUGGUUGCUUUGGAUAAAAUCAUCGCUCUUCUUGCGCACAAAGAUGGUCUUCACAUAAU